AUGAGAUAGAAAGUACAAAGGAUAUAAAUAAAAUAAAAAAUUAAAAUAAAAUAAAACUAAGAAAUAAAAAAUAUAAAGAACUAUCAAGCCAAACAAAGGGGAAACAAACAAACAAUCAAUCAAGCAAAAUAAUAGAAUAAAGAAGAUAGAAAACAAAAAAAAUAUAAGAAAACUACUGAAAAGAUGAGUUUGUUGCGCAGUGACAAGAUGGCUUACUACAACAUAGUCAUCCCUAGGGAAAGUGCUUGGGAAGUUUUAAAUCAAUUAGGUUAAGUUUAAGUAGUUCAAUUUGAGGACUAAAACGCUCACGAAAGUCAUAUGAGCAGAGUCUUCACUCCAUAGAUCAAAAGAGCUGAAGAUAUAUUAAAUCAAAUACAUAUAAUCCAUAACUUAAUGGUCGCAAAAUAAAAAGAAGUUACCAAGUGUGACAAUAUUCAAGCCUACCUUGACGUUUUAGAAGUCUAUCUCAGAGGCAGAGAAAAAGCCUAUCACACAUUUAUAGAUGACGUUGAAAGCUAGGUUAAAGAUGCUUUUGCCAAAUUAAACGAGUAGACCUUUACUUUGGAAAGUCUUACCUCAAAAUAUUAUAGUCUUAUCGAAUACAGUAACGUCUUAAGAAAAUUCAAAGAAAAAGUUGUUGACCAAAGAAUUAUGUCAGGUUUAGACAACAUCGCUAUCAAUCCUUUGGAAUUGGCUGAAGAAGGUAAAGAAGAAGAAAAUCCUUUAGCCAGUGCUUCCAAGCUAUUUUACAUUACUGGUACUAUCAACAAAGAAGAUACCUUAAGAUUUAAGAAAAUCAUUUUUAGAACAACCAAAGGUAACAGUUGGGUCUUCACUUCAGAAAUCCCCUACGAUUAAGGUGAAUUCAAAGAAGGCUUUUAAAAAUCAGUUUUUAUUGUUGCUUUCAGUGGUGGUAGUGGUGUCUUGAAAUCAAAACUCAAUAGAGUUUGUGAUUCAUUCAAUGCCAGCAAGUACUCAAUGCCAAGAGAUCCUAACGGUUAUAAUAGCAAAUUUUUAGAAAUUCAAUAGCAAAUCAGUGAUACUAGAUAGUUAAUGAGAUUGACUGAAAACGCUUUGAAUAACGUUUUAGAUGAAUGGAUUUAACCUAGAAUCGGUAACUAAUGCUCUUAUAUUGAAGAACUUAGAUUAUUUGUAGUCAAGGAGAAAUACAUUUACACCAAUAUGAAUAUGUUAACAGUCAAGAGUGCUGUUUUUGGUGGUUAUUUCUGGUGUCCCGAAGAACAAGACCAUGCUGUGCUUAAAGCUAUUGACAAAGUUAGAACCAAUAACCCUAAUAUUGGUAUGACUGAAGUCAAAAAGUAAGAGAGACCUUCUCAUUUGGAACCUCCCACUCACUUCAGAACUAAUGAUGUUACUGCUCCUUUCUAAGAAAUCGUUAACACAUAUGGUAUCCCUCGUUAUAGAGAAGUUAACCCUGGUUUAUUCUGUAUUAGUAUGUUCCCUCUUAAGUUCGGUAUUAUGUUUGGUGAUAUUGGUCAUGGUGGUGCCCUCUUUGCUUUUGGUGCUUGGCUUGUAUACAAAGGAAAAGAAUUACUUAACACUCCUUUAGCAGCUUUAUUCCCAGCUAGAUAUUUAUUAGCUUUAAUGGGUCUUUUUGCUUUCUAUUGUGGUUUAAUCUAUAAUGAUUUUCUCGCUCUUCCUAUUAAUCUUUUUGGUUCUUGCUAUUACAAUGUCCACCAUGAUGGUGAAGUUCACGAAGGCUAAGCCCAUUAUACUAUUGAAAAACAUGAAAAUUGUGUCUAUCCUUUAGGUUUUGAUCCUAAGUGGUACAUUUCAAACAAUGAACUCAACUUCUUUAAUUCAUUCAAGAUGAAGUUUGCUGUUAUUUUCGGUGUAGCUCAAAUGUCUUGGGGUAUUUUCUUAAAAGGUUUAAAUUGCAUUCAUUUCGAUCUUUGGGUUGAUUUGAUCUUCGAAUGGUUACCCCAAAUGGUUUUCUUAUUAUCUACUUUUGGUUACAUGUGUUUCAUGAUUAUCUUCAAGUGGGUAAGCCAAUAUGAAGAAGGAUAUUUGGCACCCUCUAUUAUUAAUUAAAUGAUCAAUUUACCUUUAAAGAUGGGUCAAGUCUCUACUUUCAAUGGUACUCCCACUCCUCUCUUUAAUGACUCAAAGUUCUAAGAAGAGUUAUAAUACAAUCUUCUCAUUAUAUCUGUCGCUUGUGUUCCUAUUAUGCUUUUAAUUAAGCCCCUAUUCUUCUUGUUAAAGAAAAAACCCUAACACUAAGAAGUUCAUGAUGAAAGUGAACCCUUAUUAUAAUCUCACGCUCCUCCUAGUCACGAUGAUCACGAUUUUAAUGAAGUUUUUGUCCACUAAGUUAUUGAAACUAUUGAAUUCGUUCUCGGUUCUGUUUCUAACACUGCAUCUUACUUGCGUCUGUGGGCUUUGAGUUUAGCUCACGGUUAACUUGCUAAGGUCUUCUUUGAAAAAACUAUUGGUGGAGGUAUUGUUGGAGGCAGUGCUUUAUAAAUUAUUAUUGGUUGGUUCCUUUUCUUAAAUAUCUCAUUUGCUGUACUUAUGUGUAUGGAUCUUAUGGAAUGCUUUUUGCAUGCUCUUCGUCUCUAAUGGUAAUUACUUUUACAAAAUUUUGUUUUAAUUGAUUAUUAAAUUUUAAAAAAUCUAUUCAGGGUCGAAUUCUAAACUAAGUUCUACAAAGCAGAUGGUUAUAAAUUUGAGCCUUUCAGUUUUGUUGAUGCUUUAAAUCGUGCUAAUGAAGCUGAAUAAGCAAAGUGA